GCCCCGAUUUUUUUGAGUCAUGGUGGAAAAUUCGAGGAGAGCGUACCGAUGCGCAAAGAACAAGAAUAAGCGAAGGAGAUAAAGUUAUUGAUUAAAAUUUCUGCUACAAAAAUAUAUACAUGUAAUUGCAUAUUGUAAAUGUCCUAAGUUAAGUGAUAUAACCAGAUAUUUGUGUACGUUUACCAUUUUAAUACGCGUCAGAGUCAGUACAACGAGUGAGGCAUUCGCACACAAAGAAACGGAGUACUUGGCGAGCGAACAACGGAACAGAAAACGCUGCGCAAUAGACGGUGGUGUACAUAGAGUUUAACAAAUCGAAAUCAGAAUCAGUUGAAAGUGUGAUUUUUUUGAGCCUUUGUCGUAAGUGAAGAGAAAGCUUUAAGCGGAAUUACAUCUAUAUAUAAAUAAAUACGAAGCCAGCCCGUCGCCAUUUUGAAAGUGAUUUUACAAUACACAUAUACACACAACACAAAUACGAACACAUACACAUCCAUAUAACCCCAUCUAAAUCCGUGGAAACGCAACCAAAACCCAAUUUCCGCAACAUUUUAAAGUGAAUCAACAAAAUCAAGGCAACUUUUAACCAAACUCAACCCAAUUGUGUAUAUAACGCUAUAUCAGUGGCUGAGAAAACCCCGCAGCUGCAGCAAUCGAUACUGCGACACACACACACACACGUUCGUGUGGGAAGGUCUACGGCGAAAAAGAUCAGCACGUCUUGGAAUGCAGUAUCAGCAGAGAACCGAGAAGAGUUUGCGAAAUUAUAGCUAAGGAUAGCGCUUAACCCAGAGUAAAAGAGAUAAAUCAACAGACUGAUAAACAAUACAUAACGUUACAAGUUAAACUAUAUAAAGUAAAGUAAACAGCAGCUGUACAUAAGAAGCAGAGAAGAAGUAACGACGCCAACCGGACGCCGCAGAAGCAGCAGUGGACGCAGCUACGUGCUCAACCGCCCGUCGUCGCCCUUUUGCUCGCCGAUUUCAUUUAAUUUUUGAAUUUUUGGAGGAGGAGCAUCAGCAUCAGCGAUUAGAACCAAAGAAAAGCACGGAGAGCGGUGGAAGCUAAUCAACAACAACAAUAGCAGAGCGAUCGAGUUUGGUUUCGAUUUAUAAAGAAUUGAUUUAAGUGCGUGUGAUAUUUAACGUUAAGCAUUAAUUUAGCGAAAUAACCAAAAACAAAAAAAGGCAAAACAGCAGAAAUUUUAAUAGAUAGAGGAGGAGACGAGAGUGAUCAGUGAUCCAGAAAGAAAGAGAGAUCGGCAAGCGACGAAAUUACUAUGACAUACUCGCACAAUAGCGUUAGGAACAACAUCAGAAUGACAACCGCAUCGGCCACCAAGUCCAUACGAUUGAAAAAGGGAGCUGCAGGAGCAGCGACCUCCGCAUCCAAUUCAUCCACCCCCUCGCCCACAUCCCCGACAUCCGUAUCGACGUCCGUCGCACCCCUUCCCGUAUCCGCAUCCGCACCAGCAACGCCCUUGGUAACUGCACAUUCCAACAGUAUUGCCAGCAGUACAAAUCUCACCCAGAACAACUCCCCCCACUUCCUGAGCUCCUCGCCCACGAGCCUGGGUCUCUCCAACCUGGCCACGCCGCCCAACCAGAGGCAACGGCCACUGCAAUCGCAGUCACAGUCCACCGGAGCCCAACGCAGACAGCAGCAGCGUCACUCGCCGCAGCAGCAGGGAUCCGUCGGCGGAGGAGGGGGUGGCUUCUUUUUCGCCAACAACAACAAUAGGCGGACCGGUGGAGGACGUUCGCCCCAGGGAGCAAUGCAAGUGCGUCAGUCCCCCGCCACCAUCCUGGGUGGAGGCUUCUCGCCAGCAGGAGGAUCGGCUCGCAAGCAGAGGAAGAGCCCGCCGCUGGGUGGCAAGAUCUCGCCACAGCAGAUGCAAAUGCAGCAGCACCCACUCAUACCCACCGCACUGACGCAUUUCGCGGGCAGCAAGUGCUUCGAUGCACCUGCUCCAACGGCGCUGCCCAAGCCACCGCAGCACUGGACGCGGUCGGAGGAGAAGCUGUCGUCGGUGUCGAUGUCGAUGUCGCUGCCAAAGUUCCAGAUGAUGCAGACAGGUGGCCGCUCGAAGCGGAAUCUCCUUGACGACUUCGACACGCACAACCUGAAGCUGCUGCUCAAUGUGCAGUCGUAACCCUGGUGCUGGAGGAUCAGGAUCUGGAGCAGAAAAGCAGGAUCUGGAUCUGAAGCUGGAUCUGGAUCUGGAGGACCGACUUGAAUGGCAUCAACACCCGGAGGACCCCGAACCCGUCAAU